GGGGAAUCUCAUGUACAAAUCACCACCACAACUUUAAUCAGAAGGGUAGUUAAUAGUUACAACUUAGAAGUUAAACUACUGCAGGAAAUGGUUUUGUCAGAGCUGUGCUGGAGACAAUAUUCUAUGAAUCCCUGUGGUGCACACUCACAUGCUUCCUGUACUCAUGCGGCCCAGGGGGUGGAAGCGACACGGUCGCGUUCGCGCGGCCAUCGAUGCAAGCACGGCGAUCUUUUCGUCUCCCAGGAGGCCAUUAAAUCUGGUGCUCAUGGCUCAUGCUACUGCAACCGAUGCAAUUCGACCACUAGCUUCGUCUCCCUCUCACCGUCUGCCUCACGCUCGAGCUCCCCCCACAAACUGCUCGUCUUCUCGGACUUUCCAAGACUCUUGAGAUGGCAGAGAGACCCGCCGCUCCUCUGACCAUGAAGAUGAAGCUGCUCGUAGACACCAAGGCCGGGCGCGUGCUGUACGCGGAGACCGGCAAGGACGUCGUCGACUUCCUCUUCUCCCUCCUCACGCUCCCCCUCGGCGCGGUCGCGCAGCUCCUCACCGCAGGCGCCGGGGCCGGCUCGGUCGUCCCACAGCUCGACGGCCCUGCCGCCCCCACCAGCGCGGUGGCCAAGCUCCUCCCGGCCGCGGGCGCCAUGGUCGGCUCCGUCGGCAACCUCCACCGCAGCGUGGAGGCGCUCGACGCCAGCCACGUCUGCCGCCGCGAGGCCACCAAAGCUCUGCUCGAGCCCGCCGUCCUGCAGCUGGUGGUCACCGCGGCGGCUCCGGCGCCGGCGCCGAACGGGCGCCUCUUCAGGUGCAAGGGCUGCCCUUGCUCCCCUCGCUGCUACGACUACGCCACCAGGGUCAGCGGCACGCCGUGCCCCGUGUGCAAGGUCGAGAUGACGACGGAGGUGCAGCUCGUGGAGCCCGACGGUGACGCGAAGCCCCCGGCGGCGGCGGCGGGCGAGGGGAGCAGCGCGGGGUACGUGCGGGACAUGGUGACGUACACCGUGAUGGACGAUCUCUCAGUGGCGCCCAUGUCCACCAUCUGCGCCGUCACCGCCCUCGCCGCCCUCGGCGUCACCGACAUCACCGGGCUCCAGGCCAAGACAGUGGAGAUCGGCUACCAAGAGGGUUUGGCGUUGCUGAAGGCGUCGUUGCAGUCGCAGACGGUGCUCACCGACGUCUUCCUCGGCGCGAAAGGGAGUAGUGGUGGUGCAGGAGCUGCUGGAUUGGGGUCUCGGAAUCCGUAUUUGUUCGUCAGGGAAACCUUUUAGUUUAGGGGCUCCCAAAGCACGCCUGAAGUAGAUGUACAUCUGUUUCAGAAAUCGUUGAACUUGGCAUAUGCUAAUGGUUUCGUGUGCGUUACUUGGGCUGUGCUUGGAUGCUUGAAGCCUCGAACCAAGCAGAACGUGAAUGGGGUGGUGUUCACUUGAUUGGAAUGAUCUUGGAUGGAACGGUUCGUUUGAGU